AUGGUUCGAUUAGAAGGAUUUUGUGAUUCUACGAGACAAGCUGUGGAGCUUAAUGGCCAGUGGGUGGCUCUCAAUAAAGCCCGUGACCCCACACCGCCUCAGCCAUCCUUUCCUAUAGCAAGGGCUGCAGGCCCCGAGGCCCGCCGCCAUCUUCGCUCUCUGAUUGGCCGCGCGGCCCGCCGCUCAGCGGGAGGGCGGGGCGGGGCGGAAGGCGGAAGCGGAGCAUGGCGGCGGCGGCAGGAGCGGGUGCGGGUGCGCGGCUGUGGGCAGGCCGCGGUGCUGCUGUUGGCGGGGGCCGGGCCCGCGCCCGCCGAGCUGACGGACGGCAACAGCGAGCACCUGAAGCGCGAGCACUCGCUGAUGAAGCCGUACCAGGGCGCGGGCUCGGCCGCCAUGCCGCUGUGGGACUUCCAGGGCAGCACCAUGGUCACCAGCCAGUACGUGCGCCUCACGCCCGACGAGCGCAGCCGGGAGGGCUCCAUCUGGAACCGAGUGCCCUGCUUCCUCAAGGACUGGGAGCUCCACGUCCACUUCAAGAUCCACGGGGCCGGCAAGAAGAACCUGCACGGGGACGGGCUCGCCCUGUGGUACACGCAGGAGCGCCUGGUGCCAGGUCCUGUCUUUGGCAGCAAGGAUAACUUCCACGGGCUGGCUAUUUUCCUUGAUACCUAUCCCAACGAUGAAGCAACAGAGCGCGUCUUCCCCUACAUCUCCGCCAUGGUGAACAACGGCUCCCUGACGUACGACCACAGCAAGGACGGGCGCUGGACGGAGCUGGCGGGCUGCACCGCCGACCUCCGCAACCAGAACCACGACACCUUCCUGGCCAUCCGCUACUCCCGGGGCCGCCUGACGGUGAUGACAGACGUGGAGGAUAAGAACGAGUGGAAGAACUGCAUUGACAUCGCGGGGGUCCAGCUGCCCACCGGCUACUUCUUCGGUGCUUCUGCGGGCACUGGAGACCUGUCUGACAAUCACGACAUCAUCUCCAUGAAGCUGUUCCAGCUCAUGGUGGAGCACCCUCUAGAAGACGAGACCGUUGACUGGACGAAAAUUGAGCCGAGCGUCAGCCUCCUGAAAUCACCCAAAGACAACGUGGAUGACCCGACGGGGAAUUUCCGAAGCGGGCCCUUGACCGGGUGGAAGGUGUUCCUGCUCCUGCUCUGCGCCCUGCUGGGCAUCAUCGUCUGCGCUGUGGUGGGAGCUGUGGUCUUCCAGAAGCGCCAGGAGCGGAACAAGCGUUUCUACUAGAGGAAGAAUGGGGCUGUGGUUGUGCCCAAACCCUUCUUUUCUAUGGGGAGCUGUAAAAAAACAAACAAACAACACAAACAAACAAACUGUGGUUUCUAAAAGCUGUUUCUGAGAAAUACAAGAAGUAUUUUCUUACC